AUGGAUAAUUUAAACGACGAAGAAAUUUUUAAUGAUCGUGAGCGUAUUGAGCCAUUUGUCAAGGCAAUCACCAGGAAUAAGCAUUUAUUUAAAGAUAAAAUUGUGUUGGAUCUAAAUGCAGGGAUGGGAUUGCUAAGUGUUUUGGCUUCAUAAUCUGGAGCAAAAUAAGUUUUUGCCAUGAAAGCCAAUUGUUAUGCUGCUGAGAUUAUGAAAUAGAAUAACAUUAAAAAUGUUACAUUAAAGAAAGAAAGCAUUAAAGAUGUGGAAUUAAAUUGCAAAGUAGAUAUCAUAAUUUCUGCUUGGAUGGGUAACAUGCUAUUUUAUGGGGGAUGUAUAUAAGAGGUGAUAUAAGCAAGGGAUAAAUAUUUAAAUAAGGAUGGAUUCAUUAUGCCUGACAAAGGACAAUUGUAUCUAUAAUCAAUUGAAGAUAGCCAAUAUCGCAAUUAGAAAAUGAAUUUUUGGAAUUCAGUCUAUGGAGUCAAUAUGAAAUGGAUGAAACAGUGGGUUGCAAGAGAGCCACUUAUUGAGAGCAUAAAGGAUGAUUAAUUAAAUAGUGAUGAAUAGUUAAUUUAUGAGGUCGAUUUGCAGACUUGUAAAUUGGAAGACCUCAGUUUUAGCAAUUCAUACUAAGUAAAGAUCAAGAGAUAGGACUACGCAACUGGAGUCAUUGUGUGGAUGAAAUACUCAUUCACUUACACCCAUUUGCCAAUCCAUGUUGUUAUGGGUCCUACAAAGUCACCUUUUUGGAAACCUGUCAUAUUGUACUUUAGAGAAGAAUUGCCUGUUAAUAAAGGCGACAAAUUGCAAGGUUCAUUAGCUGUGAAAUUUGAAUCAGACGAACUCUUGCAAAUUAAGUUAUCUGUACAUAUGUAACAAUAUAAUUAUGUAUCAUAUUUUAAGUUAAAUUGA